GAGCGCGUGUGUGUGCGCGAGGAGGGGAUGAGAAAUUGGCCGGUGGCUGAGAAAGAAGCGAGACAACAGAGAGGAGUGGACACCAAACCCACCGAGAGCGGCUAUCGGACAUUUUCACACUAGAAAAGACAUUUAAUCCGGUGUUUUCUGCGUUGACUCAGAGCGAAAAGAGAAAAGAAAAGAAGCUCGUUUCCCGAGGAAUACCGCGUUUGACUUUAGAGCGGAUUCACAGAUGGAUAUUCCUGUUGAAAGAUGACUUGACAAUUAAAACUCUACCUCCUCUUCAUGUACUGUAGCGAUGUUUGAACCCCUCUCAGCAUAGUUUUCUCCGUUUUUUCAGUCACCGUGGACUCAGUCGGGCUUUUUAUUCAUUUUGCUGUUGAAGGAAGAAUUUCCAAGUCAAGAUGACGGAAAUCAGCGAAAAGGAGAAUGAACCACAAAACCUUCAUCGACCACAGGCUACCGUACCGAGCCAACCCGAAUCCAAGGUAAGCACACACCUGAGUCUGAACAGGGUACUUUGGUUUAUCAUAAAACACACAAAAACGAGCAAAGUAACUCGCUCAGUAGGCAGCCUAUUGAUUAACAUAGUUGCGACAUUUUUAACCAAAUAUAGAGUAAGGAUGAGGAUUAAUUUAAUCGUCUUUAAAUUGCUUAUAAGUUGUUUAUGUAGAGGCUAAUUAUGUUGUGGCCGCAGGUCUUGCGUAACAACUGUAAGCAGCUUUAAUUCCUCCAACUACCCUCCUCUGAGGGUGAAAGGGCAGGGUUUAUGUGAGGGUUUGCACGUUCGUCUGCUUUCAAAGGUAUCUCCAGGAGCAAAAAUAUGAAGGCCAACUUUCAAGAAUAGAUAAUGUCUUUGUCAAAGAUCAUAGAAGCCUUGAGUCUGAACCAUUUGGGUCCUUGGCACACUUUCCCAUGGGAAAUCAUUAUGGCUAUCCCAUGACACAGGGAAGGCAAACUACUGGUCCCAUAUUCGUUUAAUACUCAAUUCCAUCUUGCUGUAGGGUGCAUACUUCUAGAAGCAUCCUCACUUCAUUUUUCACCUAUGCACUGUAAGGGUUACUUGAGUAAAUACACUUCUUGCAGCAUCUUGCAUUUGAAGUUCAUGCUUUGAUCAUUGAUAUCAGAUCCAUUUCAUAUCUACUGUACCUAAUUUAUGCAGACAAGUAAUGUAUGGGCAACAAACACCAUGUUUUCUGUUCCAGUCACAAUCUAAAGAUGCAAAAUUCAUACCUAUUAUAGAUUUUCAACUCAGUUCCUCAACCGUUCAUACAUAAUUUUCUUACCUUGCUACAGUAACAUUAGCUAUUCUUGGUAAAGUACUUUUUAAAACUGUUUAUAGGUUAGUUGUGUCUUCUUGAAAACAUGGAAGGGCUCCUUAGAGAAUUUUCAGUAAGACAUUAUACUGUAUUUCGUUCAGUUAAUAUUUAAAACAUUCAAUACAAACAAGGAAAAAUCUCAAACAUGUGAAUGAAAAGGAGCAGAAAGAAGAAAAAUCUUGUAAAGUCUGCCCCUCUUUCUUAAGUUAUAAAUCAACAAAACAUAUAAUAAAAAUAAAUAUAGGUAAGGCAUGAGUUUAAUGAACAAUUUUAAAGUGCUAAAUAAAUUAAUGAAGGUUUAAAAGCUACAUUUUGACCCCCUUGUAGAAAAAUAGUUGGUAAAACACAUCCCGUCCCAAAAGUAUGAUGGUUCCAGUGUCGGUGCACACUACACAACACAUUUUUCUCUUGGCCCCUGGAGUCCUUGGGCCUGAGGGCAGUUUCCUGAUUUACUGUUUGAUAGCAAUCUAGAGUUGUGUAAUCUUGCAGUAUUUCCAAAAAGAAGGAAUCAGUUGUUGCUGAUGGAUCUCUCUGGGUAAAACCGACUUUUCUCACCUAUGCCACAUGUCUCCUUUUGACCCAAAUCUCAGCUCUGAGAUUGCUCUAAAUUGCACUCGCAUUCAUAACAAAUCAAUUUUGUUUCAUCAUAACUACAGUGACCUGGAACCAGCUUGGCAGUGACAAGUCUGUUGGACUACAGACUACACAAUGGGUGGUGGGCGUUGAGGUGCAGCGUGAAUUUAUGGGCCAAUCAGCUAGCAGAUGUUUGCUGUGUCCUGCUACAGGCUGGGACAUAAUUCACACAAAUGGCCAUCCAGACAAAACAGAACUGGGAGGAAACAAUACCUUGAGUUGCGUCAGCCGUUGAGCUCGGUGUUUGCCAAGCUCCUGCUGGCAGCAUGGACCGCUCCACAUCCUGCAGAAGAAAAGAAAAAAGGGGGGAAGGAGGAGGGGAAAGAUUAAAUGUGUUACAAACAGGGUCUCUUUUAGUGUAGUAUGAAUUAAGGGUAUCUAUCCGGCGUUACUCGUUCUGUUGCGUCACCCUGAAUGCUCUCACUCCAGGGCAUUGCUCUUUUCAUGUCAAACUGUGCCCACUUUUUGCUUUCCCUGGUCAGCCAUCAUGUCUUCUUUUGUCUGCAGUCUUCCUCCCUGCUCAUCAGCUCCUUCUCCUUCAUCCCUUACUCUUUGUUUCACUCCUCUGUCCCUCAGCUCUAAGAGUAUUUAUUGCAGUGUUAAGUGGGCCCACCAGCUUUCGAGAGUGCUUCUAAUAGAGGCUGUGACGGAGAAUGAAUAGUUAUUCCACCUCCGCCACCUACGGGCAAGGUGAUAAGUAAAAUAUUAUUCCUCUUUAAUCACCUGGAGCACAUGCCAUUCAAGUGUUGCAUUUACUGAGUUGUGAUGAGGUGACUGCUGAUGAAAGCUAAGAGGGUGUAAAGAAAUGGAAAUAGUUCUUAAAGAGAUAGUUGAACAAAUGUGAAACAGGCUUGUUGAUGUCAUCCAAUUAGGUUAAAUCAUGAGAGUAUAUAGUAUACUGCUGUGGGGUGACGCAGCUCAAGGAAGAACAUUUAUGAUCAUUUCUUCAUGGAAAUGCAAUCAGACUGAGACGCUAAGGCAGAAGAACUACCGCGUCUGCUGUGCAAAAUGAUUAACAUGGUGAUUAUGACUUCAAGGAAAUGAUAAAGUAAUGAUCAUAAACGUUCUUCCUUGAGCUGCGUCACCCCGCAGCAGUCCGAAAUGGACUGGCCCAAGCCUUAUGUUAUGGUACAGAACACUUGUCCCCAAGACUGAAAAACAGGGUGAAGUUAUCUUUGUCCAAAGGCAAAAACAUCCUCCUCCUUUAGCAUUCCCCUUUUUUCACAUCCUAACUUAUUCAUUUAAUCCAUAGCCCUAAGUUUGCCUAUUCUUGGUGCAUUUGUGCCAGACUAAUUCUUGGCCUGGAGCAGGUACUAGAAAAGCAGCAGAGACUCCGGGAAAGCAAAGGAAUAAUCCAUUGCAUUACCACUAUUAAACCGAUUUUUACAUAUUAACACUUCUAUCUUUGUACAUGUCGAGUGAAUAGCAAACACUUCCUGAGCUUCAGAGGUUGUGGAGGUAGAUUUUGACACCUUUGACUGAGCCAGAGCUGGCAGCUUUCCUCUGUUUACACUUUAAAAGCUAAGCUUUGCUAACUUGCUGAUGUCUUUAGAUCAUUGUUUACCUUACAAACCUGAAAGUAGUAUUGAUCCCAUUGUCCGCUUCUUGGCGCGGUAACAAUCGAGGACGAGUCUUAAACCGUCAAACUUAUUACUUGAAACUCUACAGUGUUCAUUAGCAGGGGAAAUGAGAUUGUGCCCAUCAGCUACACAAAGUUUAUUUAAACAAAAGACAGUGGGUGUAAAUGCUGAUAAUGCAAAGGGCUGCGGGGCCCCCACAUGGUCCAUUGCCCUCUCAGCAAACACAAAGACAUUUUUAUGAGGUGAAAUGAUGGCCACUGUUUCUCCCCGACUUUGCCCUUCAGAAUCACUUUCUCAGCUAUCGCCUUCUUUCUCUCGUUCGUCUUACCAACUUCCUUAUCAGUCCUUAAACCUAAUUAAUUUCCUUUUUCUCCACUUAGAGUAUGUAUUUCCUUUUUCUUACUGACUGUGGCUCAUUGAAAGGAAACCUAAAACCCUGUGUUUUUCCCACCCUCAUUGCGCCUCUCCCUCUACUCACUUACUGCCUCUCCUUACCUCUUUCCUUUCCUUCAUUUUCCUCUUAAUCCAUAUCUCUGUGACUUUAUGGUGAAGAAGCCUGAGUGCUCGAGGGAUAAGAAUAGCACUUUAUGGAAUAGGAGAGUAAGAGAGAAGGGUGGAGGGGGGGAAGUGGAGAAAAAAUGGCAGAAAUAUAAGACUUUAACAGAAAAACAGAGGACUUGGGUCACGUGGUAAUGUGAAAACAAAGUCUUAUUUGAUAAGUGAUGGUCAACAUUUUACUCGGUCAACUUCUGAUUUCAUAUCAGGGGCUAACUUAUCUUCUUUCAUGAGCUUUCUGUGGAUUAAAUCUCAAUUAUCCGUGUGGUUUUCUGUUUGGAUGACAUUCCUGAACAAAGUGCAUUCAGUCCCUCUGUUUUUGCUUCAUCUGUGUCACUGUUAGCAGAACCACACAUCACUCACUCAUCUCAUAUGUGACAGGCUUUGAUAUGUUAGUGUUUCAGCUGCCAGAAUGAUUGACAUGUGCUGCUGACCUUUGAAAUAAAACUAUAGUCUUCACAGAAAACAGAUGACAGGGUUGGAAAGGGACCGAGACUUGAAAGUAGAAACAGGGUGAAAUAGAAAAUACACAGAGGACACCAAAAUAGAUUCAGUAUGUUGGGCUCAUGUGUUCAAUGCUGACCUAGCUCUGUUUGUAUUAAUGAUAAAGUCAUCGAGUUACUGUCCUUCUUGAGUUCUUAAAUGCUGCUGACUCGGCAGAGCCUCGUGUGUGGUGUCAGGGUGUGAGGGGAGCGGGACUUUGUUUAGUCCUCUGUUUUGUUCUGACCUUAGGCUUCUUUUCACUGAAGGUUAUUUGUCCCCAAAAGGCAGGACUUCUGAUGUAAUGGUGCGGGUAAAAUGACGUUUUAUGAAUAAAAGAUGGCUCCGUUCUUCAAUUCUGAAUGGCAAGAAGAAAACGGAAUAAAGCAACAUUGAUGUAACUCUUUUAACAACUCCUCAAAAGUGUUGAGCUUGUAUAUAAUGUGACAUGGAAAAGACAGUGAAUUAUUUAAUAAGGUAUAAAGUUGACUUAUUCCUCCAAGAUUAACACUUUGGUUCAUCAACCAAACAACUCUUUCAACUCAAAGAUCAAUUAAUUUCUCCUUCUUGUGAUGUAAAUACAUCUGAACAUACUUCAAAACAUGAUAAGGAAACUUGUGCUUCAAUGAAAAUAAAGAUAAUCCUCUUUUCUCUAUUUUUAAAUAAAAGAUCUUGACAUAUAAAGGCAGUUAAGAAAACCUACAGCUGCUUGUCUUAAAUAAGGUAAUUGUGAAAGGCUUGUACGUUGAUUAAAAUAAACAUUAGAGUCCCCUUGUUUUAAGGCCAGUAAAUGGUGUUUUAAUCUCCGUUUAAUGUUAAGAGUAAGGCCAUUAAGCCCUAUUGGCUAAUUAAAGGAUAGCCAACUUCUAAUGAGCACCCCUAUGAGUGCUGUUGGUUUACCGUUGCGUGAAAAUCAAAGAUCCAAUGUGGCAGUCACCUAAUGCUAGCUGCUAAAGCUCCUUGUGGCGUUAAGCCUUCUAAAUGUCUGGAUUUGGAAAUACAAGCUGCUUUCACCGCACACUCAGCCUGGCAGUCGUGAAAUAGCAAACCCUUCACUCACGAGAAGCACUUCAAACAGCAGCUAGAUGAUUGGGACCCACACACAGCGCUGUGAUUGCAACAAUAGCAGGAUGAUAGAGGAGUAGGUUACCUGAAUUUACAUCAGUUUUUGUACCUCAGAUAUUCACAUACCUAUCUAUUAUGUCUAUAUUUCAGAUCAUGAAGUUAUAUAUGGUUGUUUAGCUUUCUUAUCUGGAAAAUCCGCUAAAUACACAAUUGUUUUAGCAUGUCCUACUAUCUCUUGAUGCUCACCAUGACAGUAGUAGGUUUUGUAAAGCAUUUGACAUCAGCAAAGUGAUAAAGGUCAGUGACAAAUAAGGGUUUGCAUCAUGAGGAAUUCAAAUAUUUUUUAGUAAACUGUUUUAAAAGUUUGCGAUAGGUUUGCAAAAAUGUAUAUUUUGUAUCUCUGUAAGUUUCAAAUAGCAUUCAAACCUUUUUUUAAUGCAUGUUUUGGAUGUUUUCCUGCUCCAACACACCUGAUUCAAAUGAUUAGCUCGUUAUUAAGCCAUUCCAGAGCUUAAUAACGAGCUGAUCAUUUGAAUCAGGUGUGUUGGAGCAGGGAAAACAUCCAAAACAUGCAGGACGGGGGGGCUCGAGGACUGGACUUGAGAAUGACUGACAUAGCUGGACAAAUGCUGAAAACUUUAGCCUAAAAAUGUUUUCCUUUUUUGAACAAGUUGAAAUAUUUGAUACUGUGUUUUUACUGUUACACCACAUUGACAUUUUCCCCAUUGUUCCCGAAAUAUUCUCUCAAAAUGGAUAAAAUCUGGAAAUCCGGAAAGGUCUUCAAAAAGAGAAUGUAUCCCAAGUAAUUAAUGAGUUUAUUUUUUAAUUUUAGCUUUUUAAAAUUUAAGUAAACCAUGGGGACAUAAAAAAAAAAACAGUUUGUUUAAAUAUCGGCUCCCUCUGUGGUUAAAGCAGUCUUUACUUAUACCAUCUUUUACCUACAUGUACGCCAAUUUUGACAGUUAAAAGUAUCAUUUAUUGUGUAAAGUUUGGUAAUAAAUGUGAAAACGGGAAUAUUUCUUUAGCUGCUUGGCUGACACCUACUCAUACCAGUUUUAGCCACUGUGAAUUAAAAGAUAUGUUGUCACUGAUGAGCUUAUUUUAUUCUGGAUAUCAUGAAAAGGCAUCAAUAUAAAUUUUAGUCUACUUCAGUGAUGUAAAAAAACUCAUCGGAGCUUGAAGCAAUCUAAAACUGUCACAGUUAUCACAUUACUCUAUCAGAAUGCCUGAACAUCAUGUUUCAAGACUUAUUUUUAAGAUACCUUUUAAAAAAAAAAAAGAUAAUUUCAUCCUUAGAGAGAGAGAGCGUUUGUCUGCUUCGCACCCCUCCUGGAAGUUUUCUGUUGGACCCUUGCUUUAUCAGCAGCGAGGCAGCCUGUGCAGUGAAGCAUUACAAGUUUCCAGUUGCAUAAAAGGUCGUUUCAGUAGGUGCACUUUUUACCGAACAGGGUCCAGCUGGAGCAGUGCCUAAUGAGGUCAUCUUUAAUUCAAUGCUUGGGUCCCUGCUAGAAGAAUGCCAAAAAUAAUCAGGAUCCUGUGUGCAAUACUUUGAAUAUUACAAGCAGGCAGAGAUGUCCGGAGAAAAAGCUCUGCAGUCGGCACGCUGACGCUACGUUGGACAAGUUUGACUUUGCUCAACCGUGUCCUGACUGCAGAAAAGUAUUAGACAAAUGGAAACUGGGAGGACCUGAAUGAGAACUAAACUGCACAUCUGAAUCUGAAUAGCAUAACCUUCAACUGGAAAUAUGAUAGCUUGCAUCAAUAAAUACUGUGAGUAUCAUAUUAAUAUAAUGGAAUAAAGACCAGUAUGUUUACGUUUCUGUAUGCAGCUGAAGUUUUCAAUGACAGCUGACUUUAAUGCAACCAAUAUACCUGUUUGUCUCGCUCAUGCACUGUUCAAGGUCUUUACUAGAUUCACUUUAAGGGCUCAUCCAAACUAGGCCUAUAAAAAUAAUGUAGUAAGUGCUUAUGCAGGCUGUAUUUUAUGGCUUAAAGCAUAGAGUUUAAUAUAUCUGCACCCAGCAUACCCAGGACUGAUUCUUUAAUGGGACUAGAUGAAACGUGCCAACUUCACUGCAGCUAAAACUAUAAACAAAUGAGUGAUGACAAGCUGUUACUAUUUAGCAUCUAUACUCCUAUAAUUUAAAUGUUCAAAUUUAGCUCACCAGUUUAUUACAGUUCCUCUGUGUUUACUCGGUCAUUUAUCAAACCACUUGCCACAUUUUCAUGAUUUAGUGUGCUUAAUGCUGUAAAUUAAGUUUCUUUCAAUAACUGCUGUGUAUUCAUGUUGUGUAUGUUUAUCUGAUCACUACAUGGCUUUAUUUGGGAUGUUAGUAAUGAAUUUUCUCUGGUGACACUUAAUUUCCUUUAGUCACUCAUUUUUUCUUUAAUGAGCCUCCCUCUGCAUCGUUAUCUUACUUCUUUACUGUAAACAAAGACGGCAUAGAAAAACCAUAGCAGCUGCAGCAGGAUGGGUUUACGCCUUUUACAGGCAUCUCUCGUAUGGACCCCCCUCCAUCCUCUUAAUCAUUAAUUUAUCCAAGCAUACCUCACAACAGUCUAUUUUUAGACACUUUUCACCAAACAUCUCUGUUCUCAUUUUAAAUCGCCAAAGAACAAGACUGUGAAGCCGGCUCUGUCUCUCCUCUGAACCUUUUCUUCUGUCAGGGUGUGAUAGCAAAGUGACCUUAUGCAUCCUAGUGUGCUGCUUUCUAUCAUCUAUUCUCUUCAUGCUAUCCCUGCAUCCUUUACUUUCUUUUUAAAAUCACUUCUCCCUCCUCAAACUACAGUCUGUUCUAGUGCACUACACUUCUGGCAAUGUGAUGAGCUAAUUGCUGUCAGUAGUUCACAGUGUGAUGGGUCCCCAGUUCUGUGAUCUAUAAAUAGACGUUUCAAAACGUUACACAGAGACACAAGACUGCUGUGAAGGGAGGCAGAGAUUUGCAUUCGUUGGGAGGAUGCUGUUCAUUUCUGUUUUGUUUCCAGGGUGGCAUGUUAGCUGAAACACAAGACACUGCUUGUCCUGAAUCAGCUGAUAUGCUGUUGUAAGUUAUUGGACGUAAGCAAUGGAUGGCACACACAAAAAGAUAGGAGAUAGUGAAGGGGGUAUUUAAUGUCCAGCAUGAUACCCUAUCACCAAAAUGUCAAGUGCAUAAAUAUUUCCAUAGUUUUAACUGUGUUGCAAAUCAGUAAUAUUGAAAUGACAAAUGCAUCUAUUAACUGAUGGUCUAAAAAUAAAAAAGUCCAAAUAUGAUCUUUAAAAACUCCUUAAUCUGUGUGACGCUCAAGCUCAAACCCUUUUACUGGCAGUACAAGUUCCUCAGGCUCUUAUCUUUUAAACCGGUCAGAAUUAACUCACAGUGUCUUUAGUGUCGUAUGUUUAUUAUAACACUUGCUAAAUGAAGUACACAGUUAUCUGCUGUUGGAUGAAAGAAGAAGAGCCUAUUGGAUUAUGUGGACAAGUUUAUAAAUGAUUGAUGGCUAGCACCUUAGAGCCAGUCAGUUAGAGAAUUGUCACUCGGAUAAACAAGUUAUUAUUUUUAUUAUUAGAAUCCAGAAAAAACAGUGAUGUUGCACCUAAGCUGUACAUAGACUGUAUAUACUAUGGACAACUUGGUUCCGCCUCCCGCCAGUAUACGGAUUUGAAUUUCUAAAGUUUGUCCACAGCUCCAUAAGCUUUGCUGGAGGAGACGGGAUUUAUGACCUAUACUGCAGCCUGUCAACAGAGGGUGCUGUUCUUGGAGCGGCCUCACCCAGCGAGGAGGCAGACGCUGUCCAUUCUCUAUACAGUCUAUGAAGCUGCAGAGCACUUACUUGCCUCAGUCAGGACUGUAGCUUUGGCCAAUGCUCUAGCUCCUUUAUGCACAUAAUCGCCAAUGACAGCUGGCACAGCACAGUUUGGCAUGAUUUAGUGUGGAAAAUGUAAGGUUGAAUUUAGGGCGUGUCAAGUUAAAACGUAAUAUGACCACUCAGCAGGAGCAGUGAAUAAGCUGCUGAGGCUAAAGGCUGAUAAUGUUCAAUCUGUCAGUGUGAGCCAUACUCAAUUAGUUCAUUUGAUAUUAUUUAACUCCAAACACAGUGAUUCUGUCUAUAACCUUGUGCUCAAUUUUAAUUGUUUUCUGAGGGUUUUAUUAUUGGUAUGCUGGUUCAAUUGAAUUUAAAUUUCUGUUUCAAUGAUUGGAAAAUUAGUCACUGUGGACAAUUACAAUGUGAGAGCUCCUUAAAGUGAUUAUUGAAGAGUUCAUUUCAAAAUCAAUAGCCCUAGACUGAAGAGACAACGUUUUUGUAUACUGGCUGUAGCUGUCCGUUCAAUUUUAAUGAGCUAUUAUCAGAAGGUAAAAACUCAGCUGUCUUUGGUGUAAUUGUAUAGACCGGCCUUGUAGCCCCAUCAUCCUGUUCAUAUCACCUCCAGUUCAGCUCAGGAGGAUGUGAUUUAGUGGUCAUUAUCGUUUAUUUAAACCUAUCGAGAAUUACUACCAAACUUGUUUCACACGGUCAAUUCCACAUUAGCGUCACCCAGCUUCAUUGUAUAUUAUAACGCCUCACUGGCUUUUCUCUGUUUGAUCAUUACAUUAAACCAAUUUUAAAUGGUCCGUGUUCGAUAAAUAUUAAUGGUUUACUUUGACCAGGAAGAGUUGUUGAGUUUUGGAUGAGCUUAAAAUCACCUCUUGGUACAGAUCACUCAAGUUGAACUUCGCCGGUGUUAUUAGUGACAUAGAGGACCUUUCCCAGACUUUAACACACAGUUGAAUGUAUAGCUUUAUCAAACAUAUCACUCUAGUCCACGAGUAAUCUCUGCAAUGCAGCUCCCAAAAACACCCGCGAAGCAACGCUGCAAACGGAAAGUGAUGCCCAUUUUUUUCUGUCCGUUUAGUGCACUUUAUCUCGGCCUCAUAAUUGACUGUUAAAGUGCCCAGAGCAGUUGCCAAGCUGCAAAACUACAUUGCAUCUUUUACAUUUAGGAAACAGUCAUAAAACACUUUGUCCAGACUUCAAACAAGAUGACAAAUGUGCUGGUGUAGGUACAGGAACUGCUGAAUAAUAGAUUUACUCAUAAACACUGUAAAAACCAUCCACUUAAAUUAGAUUUGUUCAACUGUUAUUUAUUGCUUUCAUUAGUGCAGGUCUGUUGGUGAUAAAAGGCUUUAAUCAAAGUAAAACUGGGCGAACACAGAAGCCGAAACUCAUGAAAGUCAGAUUUCAUUCAACACUAUUGAAUCCCUCUAAAAUGCAUUUAAUCAUUGAACUAUCCACUUCUUUUAUGCUUUGAAAACGUUUUAUUUUGUCGUCACUCUGCGGCCUGGGAGGUAUUUUAAGUGAUUGAUUUUCCGUUUUGUGUUACCUACUUUAUCCCUAAAAGACAUUGCUCCUUUUUUCUUGUGCAAAGACUUGCUUUCACCACCAAGAAGAUUAACAAAGUCAGACAAGUUAAAAAUCUAAUAGAGGGGAACAUCCAUUACUGGAUGGGCCACCAGUCGAGCCAAGGGGAGACCAUUAAGGAAAGCAUGGACUCAGCUCCCUGUAGAAAACAUUUACGAGAGGCACUCACUAAUGAGUCAACCAAGAGGACUCUUUUCAUCACUCAAACUAAUUGGCAUCUGUGAAUCUGUAGCUUUAAGAAGGAAAAAAGGAACCUGUUCGAUGAUAUUGAUUGAAAAGGAGUGGGAUAGGUGAUGCAGGGAAUUGGAAGCUCAGAGGUCCACAUCUCAUGAAAACAUACAGAAUAACACACAUAAAACAUACAUGUCAGUUUGUGUCUCUUGAAUUCACAAAUUGAAAUCAGUACAUUUGAUUCAGAUGCUGACAAAGACAGAUAAUGAGCUCAGUGUAGAUUGAAAAGACACCUCUCACUAACAGGAAUCUAUUAACAACCUUGCCCUCAUCCCCCAGGCCAUUCUUUUGAUGUAUGAGUCCAUAGCUGUUAGUAUUUCCAUAUAUUGGACCCCAUUGCUCCUUACUCUCUGUAAUUGAUUUCAUUACCAGCUCCCCUUUUGUUGUAGCAGAAAGUGGCAGAUCGUAAGCAUGGGGAAAUGGAGGCAGGCGGAAUGAAAAGAUAAACACGGUGUUCGCUGCGCAUCACUGACUGCAUGAUUUGCAGAGAUGCAGGUCGCUCAAUAAAACUAAUCAAACGUGAAUUUUAAGGGGGUAUUGACGAGGAGGGAUUAGCAGGGGAUGGCAAAUUUGUGAACUAAGGGAAAGGGUAAAAAAAAAAACAACUAAAGAUGGAACAUCAGAAGCCAGGCUGACAGGGCAAGGGCAGGCAGAGGGUAGAGCUAACAGACUGCUGUUUAACAAACUGAUUUCUCAAACAAUGCACAUCCCCUCCAGCUGGACUCUCCGGGUUUGCCAAUCUAAAGGCCACUGUUGCUGUUCCUACUUUAAAACUGCUGUAUAGAGUAGCUGCGUUUACAUGGGCACAAAUAAUCGGAAUAAAUGCCCGAUCGAUGGAAAAAAAGCAGCACUGUCAUGACAUUUUUGAUGAUGUUGUUUUUGUUGUUUUUUCUAUUUUCCAGCUGCAGCGGUUGAAGCGCUCCUUAUCCUUCAAAGCUGUCAUGCGGAGCAAAAGUAUGGACAACUUUUUCCAGCGCAGUAACGGCGAUUCCCGCCUCCCCGCCGCCCUCAUCUCUGUACCCCCACCUCCACCAUCCCCUCCUCCCUUGUCCGAAUCCCCCCUGGCCUAUGAGCGCUCUCCCCCACAUUCACCCUCUGUCAGUCCGAACGCCUCACUGUCAUCGCACUCCCCGUCCAUCAGUCCCUCGCUGUCAGUAACCUCAAAAGGCCAGCCAAAGUCUCAGGGCCAGCCAGUCAAGACUCACUAUUUCCAGGAGCAUGUCUUCCGUAGACCCACCAGCUGCCAGAGAUGCAAACACAUGAUUCAAGGUAAGUCAGCUAUUUGAAACAGAAAAUAAAUGUUUUCCAGUUUGGUAAAUCUACUACCUUUUUGAUAUCAUUGACAAACAUCCUUAGUGUUACAUCAGCUUCAAAGGGUUAGGUCACCUCACCGCAAACAAUACAUCCCUGUAUUGAGCACUUGGUAAGGCUGUGGUUUGCGGUUCUCAUGGGGUUAAAGAUCUACGCUUGUUAGAAUCCACAAAUCUCACUGCGGACAACUUACAGCGGGUCCAUUCCUCAAACAGGAAACCGUCUUCAUUCAAACUAUUGACAAUCAGCUCUGACGACCAAUCUUGUUAACAUGCCUCCUCUGGGAGUUUGUACAGGCUUACAAUUCACAUGUGAAGAAGAGCAAAGCGCAACAGCUCAAGUGUUAAAUAGAGAAUCAAACACAUGCGAACCUGUCAGCUUAAUUUAUUUUUAGACAUCUCAUUUUGUGUCUCUAAUCUGGCUUUUCUGUACCUGUUUUACCUGCCCUGACAAAUCAGUGCCUCUUAUUAAUAAUAUGUUGAAGAAAGAAGUCUGUCGAGAGUUCAUCUGAGGCUGAUGUAGACCUCUGGCUGCUUUCAUAUCAGGAUCAGUUCAGGGUGGUGAUGAUUGAGUUGGGGGACCCACUUGGUGUGUCUAAAUGUCUGAUUGCCGGCCAAACUAUCCCUCAGCCUUCUGACUGGUAUUAAUCAGUCCGGGUCAAGGUUAGGGCAGACUGUGCUUACUUUGACGAUGUUCACACCAAGUGAAGGAGACUCCUUUUGUAACUAGGAUUAUUAUCACCGAGGUUUAUUCUGACCUGACCUAAUUUACUCAGACAGGUGAUGUCUUUGAGGCAACGUGUUGUUAUGUGUAUUAUUGGAGUAGUUCUCUCUGCACUUAGAGACAUUUGCCUGGGAGAAGAGCUGCAAAAAUAGAUUUAACGCACUGUACUUUAUUUUGAGACACACAAACUAGACGUGUAAAAACAUUUCAUAUGCACACCAUGAAGCUUGUGUGUGUCAAAAGUGAUGUGCUUCUUUACACAAGAGGUUUGGGUUCACAGCUUGCACAUAUCUGGGGCAACAAAUGUUGUGCUAAAAUAUUUUUAUGUUAUUCAAACUUUUAAGGGUUUAAUACAAAAACAUUUACAGGGAUGUCUUGAGUAUUUAACAGUUCUGACAAGAACCUAAAGUAUGAUUUAAACCAGGGGUGGGCAAUUAAUUUUUACAUGGGGCCACAUGAGAAACCUGAACUUUGUUGGAGAGCCGAACCAAUAAUAACUUCAACUUCAAAUCGAGGGGGGGUUCACACAUACAGAAAAGCAACUACAAGUUAAAAACAAGACCAAAAAAGCGCACCCCCAACUCACAAGUUUUACAAGCGACUUCUGAGAGAAACAAGCCUAAAGUCGUUUAGAAUAAGCAGACUGAGCAACUAUAAGGCGUCUACGUAUAUUUUGCCGAUGUUAAAACUUUUCUCUGUUCACGGAUGCAGAUCUUAGAUGUACGCACGUGCAUCCAAACGGGAAUAAAACAACAGCUAGUUUUUCAAAAUAAAAGCAACACACUUGUAUAGCAUGUUGGUGAUUUGAUUGACAGACCUCAGGAAGGGCCGAGCAGGGACAUCCAAGGGGCCGGAUGUGGCCCUUCGGGUCGUAAAAUGCCCAAGUCUGAUUUAAACAGUACAGCCCAUAGAAGGCCUGUGAUUACCUGUAAUGGUAUAUCAAGAAUUUGGUCUACUUUAUUUUAUCCUUAUAACCCUGUCUGCUUCUGUUUGAGUGAAUUGUAUUUUUUUCUGUGCAGGGAACUCAAAGCAGGGGCUGCGUUGUAAAGCAUGUAAGCUGGCAGCCCAUCUCUGGUGCUCCUCUGAGCUCUCCCAGCAGCCUUGUAAUGGCAAGGUAAGACCCGUCAGCAGAUCUCACCUCAAGGAACUUUGCACCCAGAGUUGCACCACAGAGUCAAUAUAAAAUACAGGUAACACUUUACAAUAACCAUAAUUUAUAAAUGGUAAAUAGAUAGUUUAUUAAUGUUUAAUCAUUAUUUAAAAACAGCAGAUAGACCAAUUAUAAAUGGCAAAUAGAUAAUUUAUUGAUGUAAGUUACUUGACCAUUAACAAGCAAUGAAAUUAUGAUAAAUAAUUUUGGACUAAUGAACUAUUUAUUAAAGGUUUAUAAAGGGUUUAAAUAUUGGUUGUAAAACAUCUAGAUUAAAAUGUGUGUCAGUAGCACUUUGUAAAUGGCUAAUAUUUAGUUUUUAAACCACCUAUAAACAUUACUUAGAUGGUUAUUGUAAAGGCAGGGUUAAAGUUAGGGUUAGGUUUUUAAAAUUGUGAAAUUUACAAUUUAUUAAUGGUCUGUAUCAGUGGUUCUCAAGUCCAGUCUUUGAGGCCCACUGUCCUGCAUGUUUUGGAUGUUUCCCUGCUCCAACACACCUGAUUCAAAUGAUCAGCUCGUUAUCAAGCUCUGUAAUGGCUUAAUAACGAGCUGAUCAUUUGAAUCAGGUGUGUUGGAGCAGGGAAACAUCCAAAACAUGCAGGACAGUGGGCCUUGAGGACUGGACUUGAGAACCACUGCUCUAUAUGCUAUUUAUAAAUGAUGAUUAAACAUUAAUAAACUAUCUGCUUACCAUUUAUAAAUGGUCUAUUUACUAUUUACAAAUUAUGGUAAUUGUAAAGUGUUACCAAAAUACAUCACAACACAGGAUUUCUUCACAUCUGUGCAUUCAUUUGUUACCUUUCUACAUGUAGCCUGGCUUUUCACUAGCGACUACUUUUGCCACAUAGCUAAUUACAUUUUUACAGUUUGUGGAUUUGUUUGCCAGUGUAAAUGCGUGAGCUCUCCAUAGGCCGCAGACUAACACGGACCGCAUUGUGUCAGCAGAAUUAAGCAGCAUCUGGAUCCUGUAAUUGUCUCCCUCAGUCAGUUGGCACCGCCUUUAGUCCUGGUAAUAUGCUUAGCCUCAGAGCUCCCGUCUUGUUUAAAGAGGAUAAAGCCAUUUGCAAACCAGCAGAGACAAAAAGGUGGAGGUUAUAAAUGGGAAAGGGAUUGACCAGAGCUUUGCGAAGUAGACUAAGACACUGGGUAACGUGUGAAAGGGGGUAGCAGUGGGAUAAAAUUAUCUACAAACUUAAAUGCCACAUGAGAGACGAGAGCUGUUGAGGAUGACACUUGUGAUGUUGCAGCAGCCAGGUCCCAACAUUUUUCCACUCAGCCUUUUCGCCCUUCCUCCCCGCAUGUGUGGCUCGGUCCUCACUUUGUCUUCGCUUGUCUGGAUGCAACAUUUCCUUCCUACCCUCUCGACUCUGUUGGAAAAUCAAUAUCUCUCUGUACCAGCUGGUCUGGCUAAUUUACUGUGAAAUUCAGUGUUUUUGAGGCGCACACAAUCCCCUUGAGAAUAUGACAUGGCAGGCUCUCGCCGAGCCCCUAGCAGUGUCCCUUUCGAUCACUGCACACUCAUCAGAGCAAGGAUUGAGCAUUUUACUGUAUAACCAGUUCGAGUACAAGGCCACCUUUUGUGCUGCAUAACUAACCUGUGUGUGUGUCAUCCAAAGCCUCUGCAGACAAACAGAUUGCUUGAGAAAAAAAUCCUCUGAAUGCUUUGGAAGAUUUUUUUGUUUAAGUAGCUUAGUCCUCAUUUUAAGCUUUGACAUGAACACAUAUCUUGGAAAGAAUAUUACUCAGACUUUGAACAGGCAAAUGUCCUGUUUUGAUAAGUGACUGUCAAAUCUAUAUGGACAGCAUCAUAUGUCAAGUGUUAUUUUUGGGGUGGCGGUUUGCAGAGAAGAAAAGCAGGCUCACUCUUGGGAGGACACAAGGCCAAGCAGAGCCGCUAGAGACGCUGCAGAGAGGAGAACAAACUGUCCAAUGGUGGCAGGAGGAUCAACCCAGAAAGUGUAGCUGAUAAUGAAAAUAUAUAGCUGGCGAAUUAUGUCCUUCAAAAGCACCAGUGUUGCUGAUGGUGGAGUAUUUUCCAUCACAAGAGCAGCAGGAAGCAAGAGGAUCCUCCAACAGCUUAACUAAGAGGGACAAAAUAACGUGACUAAAAAGGUAUUUGGCUCUGAACUUGACCAGACCAGACAGACCUACAUGUUUCAUAUGUAUGAGCAGCUUUUCCCUUAAAUUUAUUAUACUUAUCUCAACAAAUAUCAGUAUUGACUGGAAAGAGGUUAAAAUGACCAAACCAGACUUGCAGAUUUAAAUAUUUUUGUGACUCCAAAAAAAAAAAAACUGGUUCAUGAUUCAAAACUGUUUUGUAAGAGGAUACAGUUGGUACAAAAAGUAUUUAAUCAAUCUAAUAUAAUGGCACCCCAUCUUCAUCAACUGCAUCAUUAAAAUUCACUUUUCUGUGAAUAUUGGGACCUAAUUUUAAACACCAUGAAGCAUAACCAUUACCUUCCUUCUUCAAUGUUUGACUUCUCCAUGGAGACUUUGUGCAGAGUAGUACUUCUAAAUGAUCUGUAAUUCUUCAACAGCUGGUCAAUCUUAACAAUUUAUCUGUAAGAAGUGAUUUAGCAUAACUCGUACAAAUGUUUUUGUAAUCAAGUGAAAAACUGAAUAAAAAUGGAAAAUAGAUAACUGCUAUUUAUCAGUCCCUCUCACUGAAAUCUAUUUCCUGAGCGCACUCAUAUAUGUCCAAAUUUAAGAUUAUUCCCCAGAUUCAAGCAGCUUUAAAUGACUUUGGAAUCAUGACAGCAUUUCGCUGAUCAGUGUUAAUUGAACUUCGAGAUGUAUUGCAGUUUGAUUAAAGAAAUGUGCCUUCUGAGCUCUGCACAAAAUAAUUGAUUCUGCAGGAAAUUUUAACACACACACACACUGUGACAUACACACUCAUCUCCAAGAGUGUCCUGUAAGUUUUCUGCUCUCUGAUACUUUAGUAAGUCCACCACUUUCCAAAAAUCUACAGCCCCUCCAUGAAUUGGCAUUUGACUAACUACAUACUAAACUAUUAAAAAGAAAAGUCAGUCUGUUUUUGUUCUGUCUUUGUGAAAUGAAUAUCUUUGGGGGUUUGGAUUGUCUCAGAUUUUGGAUUAUCCUGUUACAAAAGAAGUUUAAUGGCAUCAUCUCAGACUGCGAGGAGUUGUGUCCAAUUCCACUCUCAGAUAAUUCAGUUCAUUUUUCAAGGACAUGGUGUAUUAUUAAUGAACUUGAAAGUGGAAAACAGCCUGAUAUAUAACAUAUUCAUCAGCACAUCUUUUUAUCCUGUAAUGUCAGAGCAGCGGUGACAGCUCUUUUCUGUAAACAAGCGUAAGAAUUGGACCGUCAGCCGACUCACUCAAAGCGAUGUCUCACUUCUGGAUGACCUCUGUCCUUUUCAGAAAACCGACAUUUACAGGAGCUGCCAAAAUGUUGGAGCAGUCACACUGAUUUCUUCCCCUUAGAUAUAAAUAUACUCUUUUAACCAAAACUGUAGGACACAUUUGCUCAUAGGAGAGUCGUCAAUACCUUUAAUAUUUCAACUUUAUACAAUGACAUUACAAUAGGUAUAAUAAUUAGCCAUGAUGAGCCGUUGUGUUUUUAUACAUUUUCUUUAUAAUAAUAGAAUGUUAGGUUGUUGACCAGCAGAGUAUGUUGACAGAGUUAAGUAGUGCAGAUGCUGAAAGCACUGCAGAACAACAGGAAAUAAAGCUCAAGAUAUUUUUCUGGCACUCAUUUUCUUUGAGCAAAUAUCACUUUGUAUGAAACACAUGAAAAGACAUGUGUGGAUUAAAGAAAUCUAAAUUUAAAAGCUGUUUCAAGUUGAAAGACGGUGCGUCAAAGUCUCUGUCAGAUUGUCUUCUUUGUAAUUUCAUCCCUUUGACUGAUGAGUCAAAAACAAUAGCUAGACAUAUUUCUUCUGCUAAAUAAAGAACCACAAUCAGAUAUCAAAGUUGUACAGUACGAGGCCUGCACUGUCUUAAUGUCUACAGUUUGACAGAAACAGACCUUCAUGAAACUUCAAACCCUGUGGAUGAAUUAGCUUGAAUGUAAAAAGAAGUAAUGUCAUACGCCAUUAGAUAAAUAGAGGUGUUGAGGGACACUGAAGAAUCUGCAGGUUAAAACUAAUGGAGAGCAACAAAUAGGCUCCAUCAGUGGACAGUAACAGAGUUUAUGCAGUGCAGCAGGAGAUCAGAUUCACAUUUAAGCUAAAAGGGAUUUAUUCACUUUCUUUAGCACCAUACAGUGAUCACAUAUGCAUUUUUGUCAAGGUGAUAUUUCAGAAGAUGAACACUGAGCCACCACCUCUGAUAAGUCAUUUUAUAUUAGUUUUAUCCACCUACAGUCCAUAAACUACAAUUCCCAAAAUGCAGCUUGGUAUCCAAAUGUGAAACAAUGAUUUUAAUGUCACCCAAAAGAAAAACUACCCUUGCAACUUUUGAGCGCUUUACAAUGCAGCUAUACAAUAUGUGUCUGCACAAUGCUCCCUCAAUUCCAGGUGUAUCAUUAAUUUCAGGGAGGGAUGAUAUCAGCAUAAAACCAGACUAUGCAGAUUAAAGUUUAAAAGUAAAAUAUUAGUUUCAGCAGAUAUAAAAAGUUACUCCAGUUUGCAAGGUGAUGCAUUAAUCAUGUGCACACAGUAACAGCUUACGAACACCAUUGUACCUUGACACGUCAGAAACAGAUAUUAAAAUCACUAUUUGCAGUGCUUGUAAAGUAUGGUUAAUAAUGGGAGUUACAAAACAACACUCCUGAAAAGGAAGCUAGAAAAGAAAACAUUAGCACCAGCAAAAACCUGUUGGCAGCCUCGACUUCAGUCAUUUGACGACGCUAGGAAAUAAAACCAUGCAAAGGUAAGGGAGCCUGACAAGAAUAUCAUUGAAUUCACUUUUCUCAGCUGGCAUUUUAGCAUGGAGGAAGAUGAGGACUAAUGACACAAAUGAUUGGAUUGGUAUCAGUAUUGGUAUCGGUGAUGGCCGACAAGAAUUUUAAAAUACUGCCAUGUAAAUCCAACUUUGCGUAGCCCUAAUUUUGGAGCACAAAAAUAAAAGCUGUUGUUUCAAGAUAAAUGAUGAAUAGAUGUCCUAUUUUUACACUGUUGCAUACAGAUUAUCAGGGGUCAUUUUCAUCAUGUGCGGUAAAUAUUUGUACAUGUUUUUGGAGGGAGUUUUUUUUGCCCACAGUCGUGGACAGAUACCAUCAAUGCACAACUUUGGAUAAGGCAGAGACAGAUAUGCAAACAUGAGCGAGAAUUUUGCCUUCUUAUCUUCACUGCAUAGAUUUUCUUUGUGUUUCUGUACAGUUUAGAUUGAAUUAUACAUAGCUAAUUAUGUUUUAUAAUGAUCAGGAACACAAAAUUACACACGUCUGCAAUACAUUUUAGUUGAGCUUAGUUGCUGGAAGAACACCAGCUUGACCCCUGCAGAUACUCAGGUUUCACUGCACGUACUGCGGGUCCACCUUCCCCUCAUGAAACCGCACAAGUAUUGUCUUACAGCAGAUAUCAGGUAUGCUCUAUAUCAUUUUCCAACUUCAGGUAACACUUCUCCCCCUCUUGUCCUUCCUCUCCUGUCUCCUGUUCUCUCUGUCGGCCUCUCAGUCAGGCGCUUUUAAGAGGAACUUCAGCUCUCCUCUGCUCACCACCGAUCAGCUGGGUGUGGUCAGAGAGGCUCCAGCUGCACAGGGUGAGUGAUGGAAACACAGAGCUGAUUUCUUACGGCACCAAACAGCUGUAAUCUCAAGAUGACUGAUGACCGUGUCAGUGGCCUUCAGUCCUUGACGGCUGACAGGCCAGUAUGUGUGUCUGCUGAUGUGUGUGUGCCAGGGAUGUGUCAGCUAUAAAACUGCACAUGUUUUGCUUUGUUCUGUCUUGUCUGUCCGUGUGUAGAGGCAGAUAAUAGUGUUGUUGACCCUGUGUAUGAGGCACUGCGCUAUGGGACGUCUCUGGCUCAGAUGAGCCGCUCAAGCUUCAGCAGUAUCUCAGAAUCACCGUGUCAUGAGGUACAAAAACACACAGAAAACACACAGACAGCCUUUGUCACUCAUAAAAAUUAAUGUUGACAUUAAUCAUAUUGCUGAAUUUUCCCUCUGCAAUCUUUUCUCUGGUACAGGAAAAACAUCAGGACAAACUAGAAAACCAGCCGAUAGCUGAAGAGGAACAAAUACCAGGAAGUAUGUGUCUUUUUUUUAUGUGAAGUUCUAUUAUUUCAACAGCUUCAAGAAUCACAAUCUAGCUCUUUAGGUCAAAAUCAAACUCGCCCAGUAAGAUGAGUGUUUGGUACGCCAGGAUGUGUUGGGUCAGUGCGAGUGACAUAUUCACUAAGAUGAAAUCUGUGGCUGUAUCAGAUUCUGCUGGGGCAUGGCGAUGUUAUUCAUAAGUCUUCUUCAAUAUUGAAUCAAACAGGAAACCAUCAGUCUUUCAUUUUGGUGGAGUGGUGCAAAAACAUGAUCAGAGAGAAAAUGUCAUUCUUCCAGGUUGAUAAAAUGUUCUGCAUUUUUAACCCUUGUGUAACGCUGUGGCUAAAAUCAGCCACUAGGGGCAGAAUUUAACCACUAAUUUCCACGUAACUUUUUUUUUUUUACUGCAGCAAAUGGGAUGAUUUUUUGUGCAGAUGUUUAUAUUGAUGGACACUUUGAGAAUAUGACUUCAAAAUUUUCACCAGGUCAAAAAUACACGCUAGGCAAAUUUUCAUCCGUUGUUAACGCUCAGUGGCUAAAAAAAGCCACUAACUGCUGUAAAAACAUAUUGGGUUAAUAUUUUUUUCCAAUUUUUUUCACAAUUCUCUUAAUUAACUUCUGCUUUGAUCAAAAACAUAAUGUCACUGAUAUGGUAGAAAAUAAAUCUUAUAAAAAUCAGUCAUUUUCCUCCCAUUUUUUCCCAAUAUUAGUGACUUUAUGUUUUAAGUGGAUCCUUAAAGUGUUAAAAUUUGGAUUCUCAAUGAAACAUUUACUAGUUUUAAAUAGAGCAGAAGUUAAUUAAUAGAUAUAUUUAAAAAAAAUCUGGAAAAAAUAUGAAUCCAAUAUGUUUUUACUGCAAUCAAUAUCAGUGGCUGUUUUCAGUCAGUGAGCGUUAAGAGCGGAUGUAAAUCUAAGGGUUACACAAAGCUUGUCUCUGCAGUUUUCACUAAAAGUUAGUCAAGUUUGUUAGUUUGUUUUCGCCCACAUGUCUGUACAAUUUAUAUGAGGCCACCACUCGUAGGCGGUUAGUUCAGCCAACCUGCGCCUUUUGUGGGAACUCUUGGCAUCCAUGUAAAAAACAAACAAACAUCUGCAAACACUCCAGCCAAGAAUCUGUGUUUACCUGAUAAUGAUGCUGCACCUGUUGCAGGGAAAUGGGAUUCAGUCUGUUUUAAAAUGUUUCACUGAAUAUCCAACAAUCACAACAGUUGACUCACAUGUGGACCAGAAUACCUGAGACAGCCGUAUAAGAGGGUUCAUAUUUAACAUGAGAUGUUACACUUAAAUCAGAGCAUUAACAGAAAGCACUCACUGGAGGACCUCUAUCUCUCUCUCCAAUCACCACAUUAAAAUCAUAGAUACAAACUAGCGCUGUCGCAGUAUAUCGGCAAUGACAGUAACAGUCUUUACUAAUUAUUAAAUAUUGAUUACUGAAAACUAGCAACUGGUAAUACCAAAAGUUCAAAGAGUUGGUCCUUGGUACCGGUAGCCAUACAUAUAGUGGGGGAGCAACAGAGCAGACUGUCUGUGAACUAAUGUAACUCAUUUGUUUUAUGGUUGUUUAUAUAGAGGUACAUUUUGGAGAGAACCGGAGAACUAUGUACAAUAUAAAACAAAACAUAAAAUCAACAUUGAAGGGAAGAACAUUAUUACUUAUUUUGAAUUCAAAGCCUGUGUGUGGCUUUUCAGGGAGGGCAUGGCAGGAUCCACCGCAAGGGAGCUUUUUAGAGUGGCGAGAGGAAGAAGAAAGUUAGGUUGAUGAGGGUAGAGCUUUGCCAGCAGCAGAGUAUGAGCAACAUUUGGCCAAGCAGGGGUUUGUGAGAAGGAGGAUGUGUUUCGAUUGAUUACUCUGUUGUAAGAAUAGGCUGUGAUUGAUUUGAGGGUGAUUGGAGACGAUAACUCGAGCAGCAGCCUGUCAGCAGAUUAAAGCAGCGGUCUCUGACUUCUCUGUCCUGCUUGAACUGACACUUAGCUUUAUACUGUAGGCUAAAAUUUUAAACUGGUAAUCUAGACGUCAUUUUAACUGGGCCAAAAUGGUCUUGGCUGAUCAUCAACAUGCUGAUUAAACUUUUGUGAAAGGCAAACUCAUUAAUGCUGAAGAAAAGUCUCGGUUUAUAUCAACAGAACCUCUGUGGGGGAUGUUUCCCGAUGUAACUCAAUCAUGCCAAGAAAACUCUGAGCUGACUGUCAGGACUUUGGAGACAUAUAUUAACAUGAGACACACUAUCCUAUUGGACUUGUGCCUGAGUAUGAGUGUGUGUGUUCUCUGCAGUACUUUAACCUCUCUGUCUUUAGUCCCAGGGGAAGGGAUCAUCUCUGUUUGCACGGCUGCCACUUUAAAGUAAAUGACCUUGGCUUCAGCCUUCCCUCUGCUCGCUGCAAACUGACAAGACCUCUCUCUCUCUCUGUACCCCUCCCCUUUUCUCUUUCCCCUUUCACCCAAACUUUUUAUCCACUUUACACCCCCUCCCACCCCCAAUUUCUGCCUCACAUACUCGCUCUCCUCUCCCUGUCUCUUUGUGUUCCCGCAUCUGUCUCUCCAGUGCUCACCCCUCCUGAAAGCGAGAAGGCUGAUUCAGAAGACAGAGUCAGCCUGAAGGUGUGUAGUCAGCAUUCCUCUCUUCUUUCCUUUUCCUUUUCGUGAAAAUUCACUCUGUCAGCCCCCUUCAAACUUCAUAUUAAUUUCUUUCAGUUUUUGGAAAUCCACAGGAGAAACACUGAGAUAAAAACCUCAUUUAUUUCUGUUCUCUCUCUUCCUCCACUCCUGUUUUUUUUUUCAGACUCCUAAGAGAGUAGAGGUUCACUCCAUCCACACCUAUGUGGCUCUCUACAAGUUUCUGCCUCAGGAGAAGAACGACUUGGAGCUGCAGUCAGUUAAUUUUCUUUAUAUACACUAUUGGAAUGAGUGAUUGGAUGACAGAAGAGAAAGCAUGUACCUGGCCAAAAUAUUACUACUAAUAUUCACACGCCAUCUGCCGCCUCAGCAGGAUGAUAGUAGGGGGUUUCAGGACUUUGAUGGGAGGGGGGCAUGCUGCGAGGCCAGGAAAAACAGGCAGCUACACCGAGUGUGUGACAUUUACAAAGAGUCUGUGUAUGUGAGCGAGUACAAGAAAGUGCUGAGUCUGGUGUAAUGAUCAUCCAUAAUCUAUAGGAUGCAACUGUGUAAGGAUACAACAAUGAAGUAUUCAUGUUUUAUUUGUAAAAUAUCUGCUCUAUUGCGCAAUAACAAUUUCUGUAUGCACUUGAAAAGAUUUUAUUAAACAGAUUUUUAUUUAAUGUGACUCAGAACUAAAGAGGGACCUUUUUAGAAAGCUGUCAAAAUACCAAUAAAGGGUGCUCCAAGUUAUGACUGGGAACAUUGUGCUGAUAUAUUGACUAAUGUUUCCAAUGAAGGAUCAAAUUUAGCAAAAAAAGCUUUUUGUGCAGGUCACGUUAAGAAGAUAUCACCACUUUUCUGUCUUUAACAAAGAGACUAAAAAUAAAGUAACAGCUAGUCUGGUCCCAGCCUGGAACAACAAAAACACAUCUUUUCAUUGUUAGAUUUCGUGCUCAACCGAUAUUCGUUUUUUAACAGCAGAUACCGAUUAUGAGACAGUGUGUUGGCUUAUAUUGUUUGUUUGUUUGUUUAUUAUGGAUUCCCAUUAGUUCUGACCGUAGUCAGGACUAUUCUUCCUGGGGUCCAGACACUGAUACACAACAGUCAAUACGUAGAACAAUGAAUUACAGUCAAUAAAUAGUACAAUGAAUAACAGACGGCCAUCAAACCAUCCAUUUUCUACCGCUUAUUUCUAUUCCUGGGGUCGCUGGAGCCUAUCUCAGCAUCUUUCGAAAAGUUCAUCGCAGGGCUGACAUAUAGAGACGAACAAUCAUCCACGCUCACAAUCACACCUAUGGGCAAUUUGAAAGUGGCCAAUUAACCUAACCCCACUUAGGCGUGUUUUGGGGAUGUGGGAGGUAACCGGAGUACCUGGAGUAAACCCACAUAGACACAGGGAGAACAUGCAAACUCUACACAGAAACGCCCUUAGACGGAUUCAAACCCAGUACCUUCUUGCUGUGAGGAGACAGUGCUGACCGCUACACCACUGUGCCGUCCUGAAUUACAGACAAUAAAAUACAAUUAUGUUAAUAAAAAUGGACAAAUGCAAAACAACCUUUAGUUUUCAAAACCUAGAAAAGUAGAAUUUCCUCUGUAGUUUUCUUUUUGAUUCUCCAUUUGCUUUCAGUAUUAAUCAUAUGUGGUGGAAGCCGAUUCCAAUAUUUCACUGCUCUAUACAGUACAGUUCUCUUUAGAGCCUCUGUUCUUGGUGAAAUAAGCGCUGAAGGCAUGCCUGGUAACAUAGCCAUGCAUAUUGUUAGUAGCCUGAAGCUGCAGCACUAGAUUAAUAGGUUUUCUCUCAUGAUAAAUAUUAAACAAAAAUGUGACCAAACUAUAAGCAAGUCUUUGCUCGCCUGUCAUCCAAGACAGUGCUCCAUGCAUCCCUUCUACACUCCUCCUCCCUGAGCAGCGGAGAGCUUGUCAUGCUGCUCUAAGCUAUAUCUUAUAUUCUUAUCUUAUAUUUGUGUUUAUCUUGGCCAGUAGUACGGUCCAGAUGUUAAAACACAAAUACAUUGUGUUAUCCAGCAGGUACAGACAUUUAACAAUUUGGCUCUCAUCUCCUCUUGUCCACAUGUCAAAGUGUCCUCAGGCAAAACACAGAUCCUUAAAUUAUUCCAAAUGACCAGCACACAGCGAGCUGGCAGCAGAGUGUGCAGUAACGGUUGAAUGAGCUGCAUAAACCCUGUAAAGCACUUUGGGUAAAAGCUUUUCUUUUCUUUUCCAGGCCCGGCGACAGAGUCCAAGUCACAGAUGACUCCAACGAGGACUGGUGGAAGGUAAGCUGUGCUCAAAAAACCCACUCACCACUGCACCACAGUAAUGUGCUGUGGGAUGGUUACACAUUCAAAACAACCAUUAUUCUCUGUAUCUUUCUAUCAGGGAGAUAAAAUGUCUCCAGGAUGAACAUCUCCUGAUUGCUUUUGAGUUAUAUUACAAUCACAUAUAUGCACAUUUUCAGUAAGACGACUGUGGAGGCAGUAAGACCAAAGAGCUGAAGGAUGUGCUUGAAGGAUGGCAGAUGUGGGUGUUAGCAGAGAUUUGUUACCGCGAUCAGAAAAAGAGGAAGAAGACAGAUUGCAGUGUGUGUUUAAUGAGGCAGUUGAAGAUCUUAACCUUCACCUGCUGAAGGACAGAUAAGCCGAUACAUAAUGAACCACCAAGUAUCAGAUAUCAGCUACAGUAGAAAGACUGCAGAGUUACCAUGUUGAUAUAGCUUAUAAUGAUAUGAAGCUAAGUCAGGGUUUGAGGUGGUUCAGUUAAAUCACACAUAGAGCUGUUUUUUAGGACCAAGACUUGUGAAACAACUUGAAUCAGGACUUGUUUGAAUGCAGGGUUCCUAUGCAAGUAUGGAAAAGUAUGGAAGUAAUUCGAUCAAUUUUCAGGUCUUAAAAAGUAUGGUAAAUGAAAAAUAAAGUACGGAAAAAUAUUUAGGUUUCUAGACUAUUACCACAGUAAAAAAACUAGUGUUUUCUAAAAUAGAAAAGUAGAUAUUUCCAAAAGUAAUUCUAAAAAGUAGGGUAUGGAGAAGUAUGGAAAUUCCAACUGUGUAGGAACCCUGUGAAUGAGAGGAGGACUCGUACAAAAAACGAGUCCUCCAUCAGUAAAUAAAUCUAAGGACCUAAAUCCAGAGCUAGAACUUGGAUGUGUGUUUAUGUGCUGGCUUGUGUAGCAACAGUUCGUACCUGGAAGGCGUGCCUCAUAUCUUGAGUUUUCCUUUUACAGGUUGAACAUCAAAUGUAAACAAAGCCGUGCUGCUUGUUUAAUAUGUAAAAGAACCAUAAAGAAUAGGGAUGCACCGAUCCGAUAUUUGAUAUCGGUAUCUGUCCUGAUACUGAAGAAAAUUCUAUAUCGGAUAUCGUGACAAUGGGCCCAAUGCAAAUGGGCCAAUGUAUUCAGUCCAACUCUAUGCUGUGCGCUGUGAGUGGCAUCAACAAGUUAACACGCUGUUUUCAAAAUGGAGUGAGCAAAGGGGUCUGCAAGCUUACACUUUAUCACAGUACCUCAGCCUACAAGCUUGAUGGCCACUUGCAAUACCUGUGCAGUAAACACUCUGAGGGGCAGUGGUAAAACUUAAAGUUACAACAAAAGGUAAUUCAUUGCGGCUUUUCUGUAUCUUGGAUCGGUAUCGGCCAAUACUAAACUAUAGAUAUCUGUAUCAGUAUCGGAGGUGAAAAAAGCGUAUCGGUGCAUCCCUAACAAAGAAAACAGAAACAAGCUAAACUUUAAAUGACACAUAUCAAGAACAAAGUAAGCAAGCUGCUGUAGUUAGUUAGAGCAACUAACUAAGCAAACUGGACUGUUGAUUAAAUUACUGUUAGCGCUCCAAUGGUAAUCUUGGCGACUCAACCUCUGAGUCUAAGAUGUUUGGUUCGUUAAAAUUCAUACUACAAGUGGAUGUGCUGCAUGUAUUCCUUUAUGAGACAUUUGCAGUCAUCCCACUUCACCACCACUGUACGUGUCCCCAUUAAUAAAAAGAGGUGCGCAAUACACAGCACUGUAGCUUCAAUGAUCAUUAAAAUCUCAAGACACGCUGACAAGAUCAGUCACAUUAGAUUAUUUAUGCUUGUAAUGUUAAUAAAUUAAACCUGUUUUCUUCUCACCUAAAAGAUCCCUCAGAUCAGUCAAGGUUCAUACAGUAAAACAGCAGUUCUCCUUAUAAUAAAUAAUAACAUCAAGGGUGAGGACUUAUAUUAGAUUCAUAUCUUGAGAUAUGAGAUGCGACUCACGCUUGAAAUCUAUUGAUUCAGCUACAGCGCUGGCUAAGGGUAUCUAGAGGUUUUGUUUGAUGGCAGCUCCGCUAACACUUCCAUUGUGAUUAUAUGACAAAAUCAGGAGUAUCUGUGCUGAAGUGUUCAUAGUGGAGGCAGAAAGUGUCUACUGUUUCAAUAGGUGAGGAUAAUAUUUAAAUGAAGAGUUAAAUGAUAUUGUAUGUUACAACUAAAAAAUCAAAUGUGUAAUAUAGUACUGAGGCUCAUUUCUAUUCAAGGGACACUUCAUCUCAAAAAACUGUCAAUUAGGGGCCUCCAUCCUGACACUUUAUAGUAAACAGGCCUUUUCUAAAUGUCAGCAUCCAGACAUGAGCAAAAUGGUUAAGUAGACGCCUGUGGUUUUGUGUCUGUAUGUGUUUAAGCCGGAGUCUCUGUGAAAAAUGGUGUGUUUUUAUUUUUGUUUUUACUCUGUUACUAAAGUUGCUCAUCAGAAAACAAAUAAUGUGUGUUAUAGUCGCAUUUAUUUGCUUAUUGUAACAAAUUUCCAACUCCCGUUUAAUCCUGAUGCCUAUUUGGGCAGCUGGUCAAGCAAACCAAAGUGAAAAUACAAAAGUAUCUAAUUGGAUCCUCUCUGCCAAGGACUGUCAAGGACUGUAGUGGAGGCUGACUGUGUUGGAUUUGCUCUCUCCCUCUCUCUCUCUGUGUUGAGACAUCAGCGGUCCAAUGAUUGAAAUGCGGUUGUGGGUUUUUUUGGCAAUAACGCAGCAAAUUGUGGCCGCAUUGAGUAGAAAUGUAACUGAAAAACAAGAGGAGUCAGCAUCAUAGAUUUUUCUACUACAAGCAAUUCAGGCUGCCUCAGAACGAGACAUGAAAUAUCUAUUUUUAACUUUCAAAGACUAACAGACUGUGUGUGUUCGUGUGUGUGUGUGUGUGUGUGUUUGUGUGUUUACCAGGGGAAAAGCAGAGACAAGGUAGGAUUGUUCCCAGCCAACUUUGUGCAGCGGGUCCGUCCUGGUGAGCGGGUGUGGAAGGUCACAACUGGUUUCCAUGGCAACCGCGACAAAGGCCAGAUGACUGUGAAAGAGGCCCAGGUGAGUACACACAUAAUUUGCACACAACUGUCUCUCUCUCUCUCACUCUCUCUCAUACACACACAUACAGAAUUAACAUAUGUAAAUUCAUGCAAAAAAGUGCUGAGAUUACAGAGGACAGCAUGUUAGGGCCUCAGUCCACAAACUCUUGUCACAUUUCUGAAUGUCACUCGCUCCUCCCCCUGCUCCACACCCCGUCCCUCCCUCCCUUACCACUUCUCUCCCACACCUACCCUUCCUAACUGCAGAUCUGUGUGGGUAAAAAUGAGGAUGUCGACGGUUUUCUCCGGCUGAGCAGCGGGAAGAAGAGAGGCUUGGUCCCUGUGAAGUGUCUGCUAGAAAUUUGAUGACAGCCAUCUACUCCUUGACCCUCAGUUUUUUAGAAAGAAGUCCACAAUGACGGAGGAAUACUCAGGAGUGUUUACCCGACACCUCACUGACCACCAACCACCCACCUCCGCCCACCUCCAAAAACCCUGGCUUUGGAUUAGCACACACAACUUUGCUUUUCACUGCAGAAGAUCUGAAAGGUUAAAGGAAGGACGGGAGGGGGUUCGUCAAUUUUUUAGAGCUACUUUUCUUGUAGCACAACUUGACUUUGUGUGGUUUUAAACACACUCACAACAGCUAUGUAGCAUAACCUUGGAGAGGAUAGUGUGCAGGAAGUCUGGCUACCUCACUAGCCAUUUCCUUUGGCCAUUUGUAUGAAAACGGGGACUUCUUUACCAUGAUGUCAAGGCCUGAAAAGGAACUUUAUGAGCAAAAUGUCUUCAUGUUAUUGUUUGUGUAGCAAAAACAAGACAUAAAUGAUUGUGAAAGAUUGUAGCUGUUCAUUGUUGUAGCUUGUCCAAACACCUUUUGAUCGACUGAUUUGAACCCAACUAAACAAUGAAGAUCCGGCUCACAAUGAGCACUUAAAUCUAGACUGAAUAAGCGUGUAUCCAAAACCAGUCUUCUCUUUCACAUCUUGGUCAAAUGAAAGUCAAAACAUACCCCUCUCCUCCACACACACACACACACCCUGGGUAUUACGGUACAUUUGUGCUCUUCACAGCUCUGAUGUGACAAAUGCUUUGUGCGCACCUGAGGGAGCCUCUCUCUCAAUACGCCCCUCAAUCACACCCCCUUUUACACACGCUAACACACAUUGAUUUUAUAUUUAUAGUCCACUUUGCUCCUGCAACUCUAAAAUCAGCCACUGGAAUCUACUUCCUGUCUCUUUCUCAGCGUUGUUUAUUAUCCGUACGUUAUGUCCUGUAAUAUUCACUGUCAAAUGUCUUGACGUCGCCGGUGUACUCGCAUUUCUCGCAUGAAAGAGCAGAGCAAAGAAACGCCGUAAUUAAGGUUGAUGGGUAAAAAUCCAACCUCUGUGUUUUUGUCCGAAAUGUGAUGAAGGUUGCUAAACUUUGAGUCUCUCAGAGGGUUGUGUUCCAGCUGUCAAAGAUGGGAUGAAUUUUUGAUGAAUGGCUGAAUUAGAAUUGCUUUUAGGCCACUCUCAGACUCUGUUUAUGUUGCUGUUAUUUAAGGUGAUAAAAGGCAAAUCUAGGGCACAUCGUUUUGAUUUAUUGCUCUGUCACCAUAAACCAUAGAGCAGUGACAAACUGCAUUUGUUACGGCAAUAAAUGUAAAUAAAAAAAGUCAUAAUUUGUAAAUAGCCUUAUGAAUAUACUGUAUAUACUGGCUCUGAAAAGCAUUCUGACCUAGAGGUUUGCAGCUGUCCAAGAGCCAACUAAGGGCAUUAACUUUACAGCUAUAAAUUACAGAGGAUUAUUAUUUAUUAUCCCACUUCCUGAUGUAUGCAUCCUAAAGCUCAAUUAACACUUCGCUCUGUCAGCACAAAUCUUCUCAAGUACUAUGCACAACAGUUCUAGUCACAUCACAUCAUUUUGUACUCAGCUUUUUUCCAGUGUAGCCACACCAACACACACACACACACACCCACACACACAACAGUGUAGCUUAACCAGUGCUUUUGCAAGUAUUUGAAUUUGAGCUCUGGAAGUAUACAGUGUCCAUCUUGGAUCAGUCUGCACCGUGUGAAACAUCUCUGUUAGUAACUACAACCAAGACUGACUCAGGAUCAGUAUUUAUCCAGGUAAAUUUCCUUUCCCUCCUCGAUGCACACAAUCAGGCUAGUUCUUUGCAUGGCUAGCUGCCCUUUGAUUCUCACUUCCUUCAAUAAAAUCAGAUGAACUGUUUAA